CUAUACCCAUACAAAACAAGCACGCUGCAUAUUCUCAUAAGGGGUUGGUGUCGUCAUUGGGUGGGAAAAACUUGGCAGUUGUGGGGUAGGGUGGGGGCAGGAGAAGUGGGAGUUGUAAGAGAGGGGGCACAUUAAUCCACCCCACAAAGGAGCUAUAGAAGAAGCUAAUUUUCUAAAACAACAGCGAAACGAAUAAAUUAAGAAGCACGCUUAAGCCGGGUGUGUGAAAGUGGGGGAUUUUAAUGCAAAUGGUUUUUUUUUGUUUUCUAUUCUCUUUUUUUUCCUAGGGGUGGGUAAGGUCUGACUCCAUCGCCACCUUCAACUCCGCACUUGCCCACCCAGUCUAGUCUUUGCCCGUCUAGGGAGUGGGUACGUUUUUCCUCUGUGGAGGCAGCAUGGUGCUGGCUGCAAGAAGGGGAGAGAGAGCGAGCAGGCACACAACGAGAGUGGGAGAUCUACAACCAGCGAAGAGCAGAUUGAUCUUAAGUGUGUAGAUAAUCAAGAGAAGAACAUGGAGGCGUCUCCGCUGCCUUUGCUUCAGCAGCUUCGAGACAUGGCUCUGUCUCAUCAGGAGAUCCAAACUAAAGUGGAGGAGCGAGAAGCUCAGAUCCAGGAGCUGCAGGACACCAUCACUGAGCUGCACCAGGACAUCUCGCAGAAGGACCAGGACAAGCUGAGGCAGUUGCAGCAGCUCCACCACCUCGAGAGCCGAGUGAAGGAACUCACUGAGGAGGUGACUGAUGCCUCUGGACUGGGUGGAACAGAGUUGCUGAAAGCUGAGUUGUCAUCUCGGGACGCCGUCAUCCAGAGGCUUCGGCGGGAUCUGCUGAUGUCUCACCAGGCCCGCGACACCCAGUGUGCUCAGCUGGACGUCCAGGAGCAGAGGGUCUGUGAGCUGCUGAGAGAGCUGCAGGAGAGCCAGCUGGAGCUGCAGCGAGGACACGGCCGCCUCCAGCAGCUGCAGAGGGAGCACGCUGCUCAGCAGAGCCAGGAGGACCAGCUCCGCUCUCAGCUCUCCGAGGUCAGAGGGCGUCUCUCACUGGUGGAGGGCGAGAAUGAGGCUCUCCAGGGAUUCAAACGGGAGAAAGGAGCUGAGGUGGAGAGGCUCAGUGACGAGCUUUGCUCCAUGCGAGCAGCACACACCGAGGCUGCAGAAGCCCAGAGGAAAUGCACAGAGCUGCAGACAGAGCUCCAGGAGAGCCAAAGUGCUGCUCAGGAGGCUAGCAGAGAGGCGAAGGAGGAAGGCCAGGAGCUGCGGUGUGAGGUGACGCUCCUGAAGUCUCAGCUAGACUCUGCCAGUCAGCAGCUGCAGGACCAGACCUCCGAGCUUCAGAGUGUCCGGAAGGCACGGGAGGAACUGCGGGGCCGAGAGCGGGAGUGGGGGAGCGUGAGGGACACCUUGCAGGCCCAACUCCGCCAGGCCCGAGAGGAGCUCCACAACGCCACCUGCAGGCAGCAGCAGGAGAGAGAGGCGCAGAUUGAGGAGCUCCAGCACCAAGUGGACCAGACACUGGCACAAGUGGAGCAGGAGAGGGAGGACUGGUCCAAGGAGGAGGUGAAGAGGUUGAGAGAGGAGCAACUUCAGCUGGAGGAGAAGGUGAGGCAGAGCGAGCAGCGCGCGGAGGAGCUGCAGGCAGCCCUGGAGCAGGCAGAGCAGGCUCAGCACACCUGGUGGCUGCAGCUGGACCAGGAGCUGCAGGAGUGGAGGGAGGGCUUCCGGGCCGCCUCCGAGGCACUGCGGCUGAGGGAAGCCGACCUGGAGGAGGCCAGACUCGGCCGAGACGGAGCCCUCAGGAGCCUGCGUCUGCUGGAGGAGCAGGGCCACAGCCACAGCCUGCACACAGACAGCCUGCAGGAUAGCCUGCAGCAACUGCAGGCACAGCUUGCCCUACGGGAGGAAAAGAUGACUGCAGUGGUCCAGGAGGCCGAUGCCCUCAGAGAGAAACUGGAGAGCCAAGAGGAGGAUGUCACGGCUGUACGCCAGCAGCUGCACGCCUCCCAGGAUGCAUUGCAGAGUCUGGGUGUAGAGCUGAUGUCUUACAGGGAGGAACUGAAGGAGCAGGAGGCCCAGCGUGCAGAGCAGGAGAGCAAGUACACAGAGCUAAAGGCUGACAUGGUCCUGCUACAACAACAGUACUCCUCUUGCUAUUCACAGCUGGUGCAGGAAGAGAGAAAGGUUGCUCGUCUGAAGUCGGAGCUCCAGGCGGCGGUGGAGCAGAAGGUCAGGCUGUCGGCCCAGGAGUCUGACCUGAGCGCUGAGAACCAGCAUCUGCAGAGCGAGCUCAGCCUGCUCUCCCACAGGCACAGCAGCGCACAGCAGGAGGUUGCUGGCAGGGAUGAGGCCUUGCUGAGACUGACUGCUGAGCGGACCACCGUGCAGGAGUGCCUGAAGUCCACUCAGGAGGAGCUGUUGCAGCGGGCCAAUGAGGUGCAGUGUAUGGGAGAGGAGGUGUCGAGGCUGCAGGAGGAGCUGAGGAGGGUCCAGGAGCAGCUGAGCCUGAGGGGGGAGGCACAGCAGAACCAGCAACUCAGAGUCCAGCAUCUGCAGCAAGAGAGAGAGGACCUACUCACACAGCGUGAGAGCCAGCAGGAGGCGCUGUGUGAGCUGCAGCAGAGGGAGGCAGCGGCACAGGCCCAGCAGGAACGGGAGCAGCAGGAGGCCCACACCCGCCUGCAGCAGCAGCGCGCUGCCGCCGAGCGCCUCCGCGAGGACCUGGAGACGGCACAGAGACAGCUCCGGGACACGGAGGAGCAGAGCUCUCAGAAGGAGGCCCAGCUGCGCUCCCAGGAUGUCGAGCAGACGCGGCUCAGGGCAGGCCUGCUGGAGGCCCAGGCCCUGGCGGCCGAUGCGGAGGUCAGGCUGCAGCCCCUCUCCGACUCCCUGGAGCUCCACAAGUAUAAGUACCAGGCCUGUCUGAACAAGAUCGCCCAGCUGGAGAGCAGCCUGCAGGCCAGAGAAGAAGACCUGAAGGAGGCCAGGGCACAGAUAGCCGAGGGCGAGGAAGAGGUCCUGCGUCUGCGAGCACAGGCAGUGGCGCUGCAGGGCGACUUGAAGGCCCAGAGCGCGCAGCUGGAGAGCGGCGACGACGCACUGAGCGCCCUGAGCCAGAGCCUGCGCCACACGCAGCAACAGCUGCAGCACAGCCGCCAACACGCGCAGGAGUGCGAGAUGGUCAUCACCACGCUCCGCCACAGCAGUGCAGCUCUGCGCAGGCAGGUUGAAGAGCAGGAGGAGGCUGUGGUGAAAGUCCAGGCUGAUUUGUCCGUGUACAGAGCCACUCACACACACCCCGACACAGACUACGAUCACCAGCUGAGGCGCAUGCAGGAUCUGGAGGAGGCACUGGCACAGGCCAUAGAGAAGUGUGGCCAAGCGUCUCAGGAGCUGAGUGUAUACCAGGCGGAGCUGCAGCAGCUGAGAGAGGAGGGUCGCAGACUGGCCCAGCUCAGAGACGACAGCACGGCAGAGGUGCUGCGUCUGCACGAGCAGGUUUGCCAGCUGAGAGAGGAGCUGCAGACUGGGGAGCAGAGGAGGCAGGUGGAGGUGAGUGCUCUCCAGCAGAGAGCAGUCAGGCUGGAGGAGCAGCUCCUGGCCGCACAGAAGGAGUGCGCCCAGAAAGACCAGGCGGUGCAGAAGCGCGAGGCCCUGCUGAGGCAGUCGGAGGCCGACCUGCGGGAGGCGAGUGAGCGGCUGCGGGGGAAGGCCCAGGAGCUGGAGAGGCAGGCAGCCGCUGCCCAGGGCCUGGAGGCCGAACUGCAGAGAGCCCGCAGAGAGAGGAGGCAGCGGGACGGCGAGUGCGCUGCGCUCAGGACGGAGCUGCUGCAGAUCCGAGAUGAGCUCAAGGACACCCGCACCGGCACCAGAGACAUCGCCCAGGAGCUGGCCCGUGAGCAGGAGAAGGGGGUUCUGCUGGAAGGUGGGCAGCAGCGUGCCCAGGAGCAGCUGGCAGAGCGGGUGGCAGAAGUGGUGCGGGCAGAGCAGGCCCAGCGGAGGCAGCAGGCCGAGCUACGCAGACUCAAGGAGCGGCUGGACAGUACAGAGGCUGAACUCCUCUCCAGCAGGAGUCAGGUGGAGCGUCUGGAGGGGGAGGUGGCUGAGCAAAAGCAGGCCCUGCUCGAGGCUCAUCAGGAGGGCACGAGGCAGCGCGAGGAGGUCCUCAGGCUGGAGGUGGAUCUGGGACGCAGCAGAGAAGCACAGGACAGCCUGCAGCUUCAGCUGAAGGAGCAGGCGGAUGCCAACCAGGCCCUUCGGGCAGAGCUGGCCCAGGAGCAGACGCUCCAGCAGGAGCAGCUGAGCUGGGCGCGGGGCAGCCGCAGCAGAGAGGCGUCUCUGGAGGCCGAGAGGGAGCAGCUGAGGACCAAACUCCACUCUGCCAAGAGCCUGCUGAAGGAGCAGGAGCAGCUGAUUGGCCGGCUAAAGAAGGAGCAGAGUGCAUGCCAGACGCAGCUGCAGAGGCUCCAGAAAGCGCUGGAGAGCAAGGAGGCCGACGCCAAGCACAGAGCUGAAGAGGUGGCCUCGCUGCAGGACUCGGCGAGCCGGCUGAGGCAGGAGCUGGAGCAGGCGCAGGCCAGCGGGCGGCAGGAGGCCAGGGAGGCGUCCGCCACCCAGAACAGACUCCAGGAGCUGAAGCUGGAGCUGGCUUCUGCUCAGGGCUCCCACAAAGAGAGCAUGGCACUGCUGGCCGAGCGCAGUCGUGAGUUGGCGUCGGUGCGCAGCGAGUUGUGCCGACUGCAGCAGCGCGGCUCCCAGCAGGCGGAGGAGCGCCAGCGGCAGCAGGCCACCGAGCUGCACAGGCUACGCAGCGAGGGCCAACUCAAGCAGGAGCAGGUGCAGACGUAUGAGGGGCGCGUGGCAGAGCUGAAUGCCCAGCUGACGCGGGCUCAGCAGUGGGGCCAACAGCAGCUGGCAGCGCUGGAGGAACGGGAGGAGGAGGUGGUGGCACUGAAGGUGGAGGUGGCCUCCAUCAGAGAGAACUACCACGCCACCUUAGCCCAGGUGGAGGCCUUGCGCUCUCAGAUGGACUCCACUGAACAGAAGUACUUGACUGCUGUGUAUGAGGCGGAGGCACUGCGCCAGUCCCUGGGUGAUGCUCGCUCCGACAGCACCCGCCUGCACCGCGAGAGCAAGCUGGUCGUCACCAACAUCAACCAGUGGGUCAAUGAACAGAAACAAUCCAAUGAAAAAAUGUCCCAAAAGAUCAAUGACCAGACCAAAACUAUCAUCGGUCUCACAGCAGAAAAGGAUCACCUGCAGGAGACUGUGGAGAGCCUCCAGCAGGAGCUGAGGAGGCUGAAGGAAGAGCUGGAUGAGAGGAGGAUGGAGAUGCACAGGCUUAAGGCUAAACAAGAGAGCAUUGAUGAACUCUCCAGUGCUGUAGGACGACAUCCACAUCCACUGCCCACAGCGGAGCCGGGCCAGACCUGGAGAGGAUUGGCGAGGGGUCGGAGGGAGCACACGAAGAAGAAGAAAGCCGUGGCCGCCAACCUCCCCUGAAGCUAACGGCAGCCCAUCCCCCCGUGCCCUCCGUGCCCGGGUACACCUUUGCUGUGGAGGUGGCACGCAGGAUGGCUCAGCGGGCCCUGGAGAAGAGGCCUCUGCUUACACUGCAGCGGGGCAGAGUGCUGCUCUGGAGUGGCAGACUCCCAGCCUGCUGUGGGGAAGGGCCUCCAUCACUCUCUCUGGCAGACUACCGAUGUGUCCUCUGAACUCACAGAAGAUAACUGUGUGAGAAUGAAUGUACUGUAAAUGUCAUGUAGCCAUACAAAAGAUGUGGUUAUUAUCUUUUGAAUUUAUUUUGGGGACAUAUUUGUAAUGGUACAGAAUAUUCUGGCGUGACCUUUUACCUUUGCAGAUGUUUAAGUCUAUUAUGUGUGUCCAUUUGUAUGUGAGAAUGAUUCUGCAGAUGUUGGUAAAUGUUCUCAUUCAGACCUGUAAGCUGAGAGAUGCAUCAGACAUUGGCAUUGUCACAGUAUGCUUUAUGGUCUAUUUGAGCCAUUGGUACAGGUUUAUUAUUUUAUAUUGAGUAUUUAACACUGAGUGCUGAAGUUGUGUUGUUGAAGUUAUACAAUGCCAAUAAAGGGCAGAAUAUAUUUAUUGAAUUGGAUCACCACUGUAACCUUCUUUGUUUAGUUUUGUUUUUUUAUUCAGGUAUUUUAACAGGGUCUUUUAUUUUACCUUAUUGUCUUUAUUGUCAACAAUUACUUUAAAAGAUUCUAGAAAAUGUGUGCCUUUUGCAGAGGGGGUAGCUGUCCUUGGAUUGCCUUGGUUCUGUGUAAUCACUGAAGUUGUGAUAGUGUGAGUCUUACCGUAAGCCAUAGUCAUCACUGUGAAUGAAAAGGAUAUGAAACAUGAUAUGGCAGCAUCAGAAUGUAUUCUAAAAUUAUUUAAGGAAUAAAAAAUGGUUUCCAAAGUGAA